AUGAAGUUUUCAACUAUUUUGGCGUCGACCUUGUCGCUUGUUUCUUUUGUGACAGCACAACCCGUUGCACCAGUCUCCGGACAAUUGACUGUGAAGCUUGAAACUAGAGAAAUGGGAGAUAGUAUCAUUCAAGCUUAUCAAUUGGAACAAAGAGACCUCUCUGAUAUUGUCAGUGGUCUUCUUUCAAACAUUAACUUCACUGCUAUCAUCGAUGACAUUGAUUUUGACGGAAUUGCUGAAUGGAUUAAUGGUUUGUUAACUGAAAACAACAACAUUCAAUAUUUGGAGAACAUUUUGAAUUUCCUUGGUCGUACAAACUUGGUUCCUAUCCUUAUUGGUUUUGUCGUCUCAAACAAUGAGACUAGACACCUUGCUUACGAAGCUGUGGUUAGUGUCGUCAAUAGUGGUGUUGAUCCAGAACCUUUGUUUGUUGCUUUGAAAGAUUCCGGUUUGUUGUAUACAAUCAUUGCCGACUUAGUUGAAAAUGAAAACACCUUGCCACUUGUUUUCAGAGUUAUUGAACAAACACUUAGUGGAAUUGACUUUGGUGCCCUCAUCAGCCAAUUCUUAGUAGGUGGAAGUGCAACAGUCACAUUACAGACCAACUCAAAUGGAGGUAGCAACACUGGCGGAGCAGCCGAACCUACUUUGGUUGUUUCCAACCCGCUUGGUGGUAGUGGUGAUUCAGGUAGUACUGCAGCUGCAAACACCCAAGGCUCUGGGGGGGACAACCAAGCUUCUAGCUACAGUUCUGUCGAUGUUAAUUCGAUUAACCAAUUGAUUUCCCAAGCAGCUGGUGAAAACACCAAUACCGCCACCAGUGUCACCAGAACAACUAACCAGGGUCAAUCACAAGCCACAUCAUACGACUUGGCCACAUUGACUGGGCCAGCAUUUCAAUCUGUUCCAACUUCUCAAAUCGGACAAGGUCAAACUUCUGUCAACUAUGCUUCACUCACUGCAGUUGCUUCUGCCCUCGGUGGUUCUGCUAAAAAGAGAGAUACUUUUGAUGAAGUCUUAGAAAUCAUUGCACAAAAGAGAGCUGAAGAAUAUGAUGAAGCUGUUUUGGCUAGUGAAUUGGCAAAGAGAAAUGGUGUUGAAGAUUUGUUAACCACUAUUUUCACAGCUAUUGCCCAAUCCAACUUGAUCAAUGAAACUAUCAACUACUUGCUCACGGAUAGUCAAUUUGAAGGAUCUGUUGUAUUGAUUAUCAGAGAUGUCUUGGCCAGUCUUACACCAGCUACAUUUGACUUUGACACUCUGAGUCCAUUGAUCGCUGCCAUUCAAAACUCUGGAUUGAUCCCAGACCUUAUCUCUAGAGCACUUAACGAUGAUGACUUGAAAGCUGCUCUUCUCAGAGAUGUUCGUCAAGUAAUCAGUCAGAUCGGUUCAUAUUUGGGAAUUUCCAAGAGAGAAGUUUAUGAAAGACUUUAUGCUAGAGACGAGGAGGUUACCUCAAGCUUUAUCAGUAUUGUUUCACAAUCUACUAUCAAUUCUAACGCUUCAACAGUUGCUACUAUUGAUGCCGCAAAUGCUGGGUCUUCCGCAUCAUUGAAUUUGGUCAGUGUUGCUCUUGCUGCAAUUGGUUUGUCAGCGUUUGUUUUGUAA